UCUGUUAUCUCUGGCUUUUUAUCCUCCCUUUUCUCCCCCUCUACCUUCUGUCUCUACCUCGCCCCCUCCUCUCUACGCCCCCUCCACUCCUCUGUCUGCUUCUUUGACCUUCCUCUCCUCCCCCGACAGCCUGGCGUUGCACCCGGAGCGCUCCCUUGUGGCGACCGGUCAGGUGGGGAAGGAUCCCUAUGUGUGUGUUUGGGACUCCUUCACCGUCCAGACCGUCUCUCUGCUCCGUGACGGACACACACACGGCAUCGCCUGCCUCGCAUUCAGCGCGGACGGACAGCGGUUAGCCUCGGUCGGCCUGGAUGCCAAAAACACAGUAUGCAUCUGGGAGUGGAAGAGAGGGAAGAUCCUGGCUACAGCCACCGGACACUCAGACAGGAUCUUCGAUAUCUGCUGGGAUUUGUUUCAACAGAACCGCCUAGUGAGCUGUGGAGUCAAACACAUCAAGUUCUGGUCUCUGUGUGGUAACUCUCUCACUCCAAAGCGGGGGAUUUUCGGGAAGACGGGUGACUUGCAGACCAUCCUGUGCGUCGCCUCAGCCAAAGAUGAUAUCACAUACUCCGGGGCGCUCAACGGGGACAUUUACGUCUGGAAGGGACUCAACCUGAUAAAAACAGUUCAGUCUGCCCAUGGGGCUGGUAUCUUCAGCAUGUAUUCCUGUGAGGAGGGUUUUGCCACAGGAGGCAGAGACGGCUGUGUCCGGCUGUGGGACGUUGACUUCAGACCGAUAACCAAGAUCGACCUGCGGGAGGCCGAGCAGGGAUACAAAGGUCUGUCUAUUCGUAGCGUCUGCUGGCGAGCCGACCGAAUCCUGGCAGGAACGCAGGACAGCGAGAUCUUUGAGGUGAUGGUGAGGGAUCGGGACAAGCCGCUGCUGAUCAUGCAGGGACACAGCGAGGGUGAGCUCUGGGCGCUGGACGUUCACCCCAAAAAGCCUCUGGCAGUCACCGGCAGCGACGACCGCUCCGUCAGGUUGUGGAGUCUGGUGGAUCACGCCCUCAUUGCCCGCUGUAACAUGGAGGAGGCGGUGCGCAGCGUGGCGUUCAGUGUGGACGGAUACCAGCUGGCUCUGGGCAUGAAGGACGGAUCCUUCACUGUGCUGAGAGUCAGAGACAUGACCGAGGUGGUUCACAUCAAAGACAGGAAGGAGGUGAUCCACGAGAUGAAGUUUUCUCCGGAUGGAGCGUACCUCGCUGUCGGCUCCAACGACGGACUUGUGGACAUCUACGCUGUCGCCCAGAGAUUCAAAAAGGUGGGAGAGUGCAGCAAAUCCUCCAGUUUCAUCACACACCUAGACUGGUCUCUGGACGGCAAAAUCCUGCAGACCAACGACGGAGCUGGAGAACGCCUCUUCUACCGAAUGCCUAUGGGGAAGCCAGUUGUCAGUAAGGAGGAGGUGAAAGGUCAGUGCUGGGCAUCCUGGAGUGGCGUCCUGGGCUCAGAAGUCAGCGGCAUCUGGCCUAAAUACUCUAAUCUAACUGAGAUCAACGCUGUGGACGCCAAUAACGCUGCUGCCGUGCUCGUUACCGGAGACGGCCUCGGCCUGGUUAAGCUCUACCGCUUCCCCUGUCUGAGGAAAGGAGCCAAAUUCAAGAAGUACAUUGGUCACUCAGCCCAUGUGACCAACGUCCGCUGGUCACAUGACCUGCAGUGGGUGCUGACCACAGGUGGGGCAGACCACGCCCUCUUCCAGUGGAGGUUUCUACCAGAGUCGGUCAUGAACGGAGGACUGGAUAUCAACAUACAAGAAAGUCAUGGAGACUCCAACGGGGAGGAGUCGGACAGCGACGUGUCGGAUGUCCCGGAGCUCGACUCCGAUAUCGAGCAGGAAACCAGAUCAACUACGACAGACAG